AUGCACUCCCCCACCGCUAUCCUUUUGGCCACCGUUACAUCGACUUUUGCCUACCAGAUCACUACUCCUGGUGGUCCUCAUGGUUGGACGACUGCUGGUCCCAAUUCCAUGACGUGGGUGCGCGUUGACACCGACCCAUUGAACUUCACGGUGAUGUUGACCAACCAGGCAUGUAACCCGGCCGCCAUGCCCCAGGGCUCUCAGAUCCUCGAUCAAUAUAUUAACGGCACUUUGGGCCAGACCGUCUGCAGUGCUCCAAGCGGAGGCUGGCCUGAGGGCUAUGCCUUCCAAGUCAACCUUGUCAAUGCUGAAGAUCUUAACACCUUGCUCGCUCAGUCCGACCAAUUCAACAUCACGGCGUCAAUUUCUUCAGGAGGCUCUAGCACACAAUCUAGCACUUCCUCUACUUCUUCAACUACCAGCACUACCCCUACUGGUACUAACGCAGCCGCCGUUGGAAUGAAUGUGGAGACGGGCUUCCUGACCGCCGUUGCAGCCAUGGCUGCUUUUAUCACCACUCAUUUCUGAAUAUUUGUGUUAACUUAUACUCAGAUUUUGUUUCAUUUUCGCGAAGUGGAUAUUUCUGGUUUGUGUAAUAGUUAUGGCGAUACAGACAUUGCUU